CGCUAAAGUUGUCCCGUCCCGUCCCGUCCCGUCUCGCUCACUCCUGACUCGUUCGAGCUGCCUGACGGACCGGACACGAUGAGACUGUCGCACUGGACCGCGGCGCUCCUCUGGCUGGCCGUUUCUUUGGCCGAGGGUGGCAACAUCUGCACGUCCCGGGGUGUGAGCACAUGCAAGCAGUGCCUGGCAGUGCACCCCACCUGCGCCUGGUGCUUUCAGCAGGACUUCGGCACCACCACCUCCUCUCGCUGUGACCUGAAGCCUAACCUCCUCGAGAAGGGCUGCUCUCCAGACUCCAUUGAGUUCCCCACAAGCACCUUCACUCAGCAGGAGAACAAGCCCCUUAGCAGCAAGGGGUCAGGGGCAGGCGGAGUGGUCACUCAAAUCUACCCUCAAAGGCUGGAGAUCAACCUGCGGCCAGAUGACGCCAAGGUGUUCACGGUGCAGGUGCGGCAGGUGGAGGACUACCCGGUGGACCUGUACUACCUGAUGGACCUCUCCUACUCCAUGAAGGAUGACCUGGUGAAGCUGCGCAGUCUGGCCAAUGAAUUGGCCUCCUCCAUGGGCAAGCUGACCACCAAUUUGCGCAUGGGAUUCGGGGCCUUUGUGGAUAAGCCGAUGUCCCCCUACAUGUUCAUGUCCCCCCCUCAGGUCAUCCAGAACUCCUGCUACAGCUUUAUGACUGGCGAGACCUGCCUGCCUCAGUUUGGGUUCAAACACGUGCUGACCCUGACGGACCAAGUGAACCUCUUCCAUGAUGAGGUGCAGAAGCAGUCGGUCUCCAGGAACAGGGACGCCCCCGAAGGGGGAUUUGAUGCCAUCAUCCAGGCGGCUGUGUGCAAGGAAAAGAUUGGCUGGCGUCCUGAAGCAUCCCACCUCCUGGUGUUCACCACCGAUGCCAAGACUCACGUGGCCCUGGACGGCAGGCUGGCAGGCAUCGUGCAGCCCAAUGAUGGCAAAUGCCAUAUUGGUUUAGAUAACAACUACUCGGCGUCCACCACUCUGGACUACCCGUCACUGGCCCUACUGACGGAGAAGAUGUCCGAAAAUAACAUCAACCUGAUCUUCGCCGUGACCAGCCUAGUGGUGGACUUGUAUCGGAAUUACAGCGAAUUGAUCCCAGGAACAACAGUGGGCACACUGUCGGGCAACUCUGACAAUGUCAUCCAGCUCAUCAUCGAUGCCUACGCGAAAAUUCGCUCCAAGGUAGAGCUGGAGAUCCUGGACCUGCCUGACGAGCUCUCGCUGUCCUUCAAUGCCACCUGCCUGAACGGAGAGGUCAUCCACGGCCAGAAGGCCUGCUCGGGCCUGACCAUAGGGGACACGGUUUCCUUCAGCGUGGAGGCCCGGGCCAGGGGCUGCCCUAAGGACAAAAGCAAAAGCUUCACCAUCAAGCCGGUGGGCUUCAAGGAUGCCCUGCACAUCACUGUCAAUUUCGAGUGCGAGUGCCAGUGCCAGAGCCAGGCCGUAGUCGAGAGCCCCGUCUGCAAUAAUGGCACGUACGAGUGUGGCAUCUGCCAGUGCCCGGCGGGACGGCUGGGACCCCACUGUGAGUGCUCGGAGGGCGACUACAACCCGAGCCAGCAGGACCAAUGCAGCCCGCGGGCUGGCAGCCCCAUGUGUAAUGGGCGAGGGGAGUGCAUCUGCGGGCAGUGCGUCUGCUAUGGCAGCGACUUCGGGAAGAUCUGGGGCAAGUUCUGCGAGUGUGAUGACUUCUCAUGUGUGCGCUACAAGGGCGAGCUCUGCUCAGGUCACGGCAAGUGCAGCUGUGGCGACUGCCUAUGCAAUGCCGACUGGAAGGGCGACUACUGCAACUGCUCAACUCGCACCGACACCUGCAUGUCUGGCAUCGGGCUCCUGUGCAGUGGGCGUGGGCAGUGCCAAUGCGGCCGAUGUCAGUGCACGCAGCCCGGGGCGUACGGAGACACCUGUGAGAAGUGCCCCACCUGCCCAGACGCCUGCACCUUCAAGAAGGACUGCGUGGAAUGCAAAAACUUCAAGAGGGGCAAACUGAUGGAGGACGUGGCCUGUGGGCGCAUCUGCCGGGAUGACAUCGAGCUGGUGGAAGAGCUGAGUAUGGACAGCCGCAGCGCCGUCAACUGCACCUACAAGGACGAGGACGCCUGUGUCCAGAGGUUCCAGUACUACGAGGACUCCAGCGGCAAGUCCAUCCUCUACCUCGUGCGAGAGGCUGAGUGUCCCCAGGGUCCGGACAUCUUGGUGGUCCUACUUUCUGUGAUGGCGGCCGUUCUGCUCAUUGGCUUAGCCGCUCUGCUCAUCUGGAAGUUGCUCAUCACAAUCCACGACCGGAGAGAGUUUGCCAAGUUUGAGGAGGAGAGGGCACGCGCCAAAUGGGACACGGCCAACAACCCGCUGUACAAGGGGGCAACAUCCACCUUCACGAAUGUGACGUACCGUGGCAAUGCGCAGUGACCGGGCCCAUCAGAUGGAAGUGACCGCCCUGCACCCCAGGCGAGACUUGCUGACCACAGGGUGUGGCGAGGUGGUCCCAUGCUGCUCUGCUCGAUACGAUGACCUCUGACCUGCCCGGCCUGACUCCUCUCUUUGCUCCUCCUGUUUCGGUUUAUGGUGCCCUCACCUCUGCAGAAUGAAUAAUGGUGACCAACAGAGUGACCGGUUGCACUGUGGACCAGAAGC